AUGACGGCACAGACGCAGGAGGAACUCCUCGCCGCCCACCUCGAGCAGCAGAAAAUCGACGUGAGCUCUCUCUCACGUUUUCUCUUCCCUAUGUUCUCCAAUGUCUUUCCUGGUGCGCUAGGUGUGAGUUAGAUUAUAUGCGAUUUCCUUUGCCAUUAAAUUAGUCUAGUUAGCAGAGUUCUUUUUAAAUGCUCUCGAAUCUUCUGUUCUUUAAACUGAAUUUAUGACCCCUUCUUUUGAUUUCUGAUCUAAGACACUUUGGACGUUGGCCAGUGAAGAAAGUAAACAUUUGUAAUUUCGCUUUUGUAAUUUACCUUAAAAAAUUUCUGUAACUGGGGAGAUGAGAACGAAUUUUGUCUCCAAGGUUCGAUCAAACUAGGUUUGAAAAUGUUUGAAUUUAUCGAUAAAGGUCGACAGUGUCGUUCGUCCUGUUCGCUCUGUAUUCACUUGGCUUGUUUUAAUUUUUAUUAGACUUCUUAAUUCUUUGAAGCUUGAGGCUAUUUCCAUCUGACGGAGAUUUUGUGAGGUUUAUUAGCUCCAUAUAAUUUAGGAUUUUGAUCAUGAUGUGCCUUGCCUUGCUAUUGACACAUUCACGUUAGUCUCUUAUGGGAGACCACUUACAUCAAGAUCAACCAUUGUAGGAAUGCAGCAUGUACAGCCUUAUGGAUAGACUAGUUCUGGUCUCCUGCUAUUUCAGACUGACAGAUCCAAGAGUCUAUUUACAUAUUCUGUUCCUUGCAUAGUUUGUUUUUUAUGUUUUUUCUGAAUUAUAGUUUGCCUCCCAUUUGAAUAUCGAUUCUGUUCUUGAUGUUAUAUGGUUGUUUCCAUUUAUUGCUUGCCAAAAUAAUUUUAUUCAUUAUCUUUCUGUUUAAUCAUUGAUGCAAUUCACAUUGCCUUUGCUCCCCUGUUGGUAUCUUAAACGGAAAAAUUCCAACAUCAAUGAUGAACGUUUCCUUUCUGUACUAUAUAGAAUCACAUGCCUCUAGAAUGUAUUCAUUUUUUCCCCUUCUUUUCGCUCUUAGAUUUUGGUCUAUCUAUCCUAUUAUUGGUUUUUGAUCGCUCAUGAUCUUUAAGGUGUUGUCUGGGCAGCCCCUCGCAUCAGUUUGGUCUGAUGAUGAAGGUGAGAAGUUUUACAAGGCCAAGGCCGCCUGGGAAUCAGGUGUCUCUCUUGGGUUGCCAUUGCUGCCCAAUGGGUGAUGGUGAGGUAGUGGGGUUCCUAUAAAACCCCAUAGCAACCAGAAAUCUGCGAUUAUUAGUCAUGUGAUGGAUGAAGUUUUGCAUCCACACUAAAUGAAAAUACGACCUAAUUUCAGGGAAACGUCUUUUAUUUGGCUUCAUUUUACGGUGAUCACGAGCUUUGGUCAGAAGUUUAUUCCCAUUUUCUAUGCCUAGGACGUUCUUCCCCAGUUACUAGUUGUGAUGAUUUUUGAACUUUUGUGGAUCUGAACCCUAGCUGAUUAUUCCCUUCGAACAGCUUUUAUAUUUUGGAUGUGAAGAUUAUUUUGACAGGUAUUUUCUUCAAGUGUUACAUCUGGUAGUUUUAUCUUUGCAGCCGGAUGAACCCAUUGUUGAAGAUGAGGAAGAUGACGAUGAAGAUGAUGAGGAUGAUGACAAGGAUGAAGAUGACGUUGAAGGUAGAGCCUCGGUUGCAGAAAGAUUUAGAUCAUUUUAUUUAUAUCAGUACCAUAUAUUUGGUAAUCUAACAAGAAUGCAGAACUACUAAAUAGAAGCCUUUUUUCAUAUACUAACGAUAAGAACGAUAGAAAACAAUAGAAAACAAUAGACAUGUACGCUGUGAACGUGAAUGUUUCCCUUAAGUUUUGCCCAUCUUAUCUCUUUUUCAGGACUUGGAGGGGAUGCCAACGGGAGGUCGAAGCAGAGCAGGAGUGAGAAAAAGAGCCGCAAGGCAAUGCUGAAGCUGGGGAUGAAACCCAUUCUGGGCGUCAGCCGCGUCACUGUCAAGAAGAGCAAGAACGUCAGGCUCCUCUCUUUCUCUCUCUCUCUCUCUCCCCCCUCUCCGUCUUAUGUUACAUCUAUAAUUGAUUGAUUGAUCAGAUGCAUAGUCUACCGCAGCUUCGUGCUGAUCAGAAAUUCCGUCUCAUUUAGAUCAUGUUCGUGAUCUCAAAGCCCGACGUGUUCAAGAGCCCGAACUCUGACACUUACGUGAUCUUUGGGGAAGCAAAGAUCGAGGACCUGAGCUCCCAGCUGCAGACUCAAGCCGCCCAGCAGUUCAAGGCCACCGACCACAUCCACACAGCCCCCAAGACGGAACCCUCCGUUGCAGCCCAGGAAGAGGAGGAGAUUGAUGAGACUGGCGUUGAGCCCAAGGACGUCGAGCUGGUCAUGACCCAGGCUGGCGUCUCCAGGGCUAAGGCCGUCAAGGCCCUCAAGGCUGCUGAUGGCGACAUUGUCUCUGCCAUCAUGGAGCUCACCACCUAG